GCAUUGCGUAGCCGUCUAACGACUAGUUGUACGCUAUUCACGAAGCUGAGCGGUUCUCGAAUAUACUCUCUGAUAAUGGCGCUGAACGUUGAUAGAGAAGUCGAGUGGCUGACCACUUCAAUCUUGCCUGAGAUUCUAAAAAACGGACGUCUAGUGGACAAUUACAGCGAGUCACAGCUGAGCACAUUCAAGGUUGGGGACAUUAAAAUCGCCGUCAUCGGACCCGAAGAGGCGUUUAUGUUGACUCAAUGCUAUCGAGCAACAGUUAAUUUUGAAUACGCCGGCGAGGAGCAGCAGCGCAAGUUUGUUGUUAAGAAAACACCAGAGGUACCACCUGAGUUUUACGAGAAUGCACAGUUCGGUGAUCUAUUCCACAACGAAGUUAGUUUCUAUACCGAGAUACUACCACUAAUUCUAAAGCUGAGCAAUGGCAAGUUUGCUGCACCCAAGUAUUAUCACAGCGAGAUAAAACCGAACUCUGCAUGGCUUAUCCUGGGGGACUUUUCAGCGGAUGGCUGGAGUGUGACAAAGGACAGAUAUGGCCUGAGUCUGGAGCACACGCGCAUUGCAGUCAAGUACUUGGGCAUGUUUCAUGGAUUUGGUUAUGCUAUGAAGCACAACCAGAAGGACCGUUUCGAGCAGCUAACUCGCCACUUUAGGGAAUCUCGAUACGCCAACGAUGUUAGUAAUCCAGAAUUUGAAUUAGUUGAGAAGACUGCACUAAAACGUGUUGCCAAAGCAACGAUCACUUACCAUCCAGAAGUGGACAAAGAGUUUGUAAAAAAGUUUCAGCAAACUGUAUGGAACUCUGUGGGCUAUGGACGUCAGCGAGUGGCGCCUAAGGAACCACUCUCUAUCCUCUGCCACGGGGACUACCUGAGAAACAAUGUGGCCUACAAGUACGCUACGGACAAUAGUGGCAAUCCCCUGGACAUCAUGAUGUUUGACUAUCAGACAAUGCGUCUGUCCUCGCCCAUGAUCGACCUCUCAACAUUCCUGGCCAACUCUGUGCUCGCGGAUGUGCGUCAUAAGCAUUUCGAUAGUAUUUUCGAUGAUUAUUGCACUGCGCUCUUUGAGAGUUACACAAAGCAUUCAGAUGGGGAACUUCUGGAAUUUUUGAAUCGCGAGAAUUUGCUGAAGGAGUACAUUCGCUUUUUGCCGUAUUCACUAAGUAUUUCGGCAUUUUUCCUAAUGAUGCUAGUCGAGCCUCCAACAUUGACGAUCGCUGAAAUGCUUGCCCUCCAAAAAACGGAGGACGAAAUCAUACAGGAGGCUAUGUCACAAGGUGGUGAAAUAGUCGAUCGUGAGAUUGCCCACCAAAUGAAGGAAAUGUUUGAACUGAGCCGCUUGCACAAUGUUCAAAUCGAUGAAGAUAUUGAUAGCAGUACAUGGAUUAAUAGCGUGGAAUUCGAAUAGAUAACAAUUCAUGAAUUCUAGAUAGAAAGAUUGCCAUUGGCAAUGACUUUUAAUAUCUAUCUGUAUAUCAAUAGCUGUGCUUCGCCUUUAUAUAAACACAUUAUCAAUUAGCUAUGUAUGUUGACCCAAAUCUGCGUUUUUUCAAACAAAUAUAUUUGUAAGUGUGUACAUAUGUAUAUGGAUUGAAUUUAUAUUGGUGAUCCGCAUAGUCGAUAUGGCAACGCUAUUUCUAUAUCUAGUCUGGCAGCAACCUAAUUGUACAUACGCUUACAUAUAUGCAUUUAGUUAACAACAAAUUCUUGCUGAGACUGAGAGAAUGAGUUGCAACCAACCGCUUUUAAAAGCAUCUUAUCAAAUACAGGUGAUUACCUGAAGUUCACGGAUAGGAAUUAUUAUUGGGUUGAGUGUAACAUGAGUUCCGUAAGAAUCGGCAGCCUCCUAGAAAACUGGAAUAACGGUCAAGUGGCAUCUGCGUCGUUUGGAUUCCAAGAACUAAAUUGAGCCCAUCUCAUCAUCGGAUUACCCAGCGCAGCAAAACUAAAUAGCAGUUCCAUUCCCUAGCAGCAUCGUACCGCUAAUUGAUAAUAUCGACCUGUUUCGCUUUAUACGCCCACAGCAUUGCUUUAAGAUUCACCAUCCAAUAAUCUUGCUCAAGGAACUUUCACUGUCAUGCUUUAUUUGAAGGCUAUUGGAGACAUUAAAUUAAUACACUUCCAGCGUACUUCAAUCGCGACGAUUUAUUAAUUGAAUCUGCAUAUAAAUAAAAUGUUUAAACAGCUUUAAAGCAAAGAUGGAAUGAUGGCCCACAUUGGAUUGAUGAAAACAUGCGCAAUACGAAUGUGUAAAGUUUUAUAAAAUUGAACAUGUUUAAGAGUAGACAAGAUGUUCUCUUAUUUAUAAAACAUUAGUCAAGUAAUUAUAUCUUUUAGCUUUG